ACGAUACACAAUCACGUGAGCUAUGUUUUUAGCACAUUACUGUGAUGGUCCAUGAUUUAUUGACAUCGCGGAAAACAGAACCAAAAGGCCAUGGCCGAUUUUCAAGCUAUCCUCGUAAUAACCUUACUGACAUGGGCCGCAGUCGGCGUCUUCGGAAACACUCCAGAACUGUCCACGACGACCGGUGACACUGUCAACAUACCAUGUGUCUUCGAAGAAGGCACGUUACGUAACAUAUACUGGUAUUACGACGAUGGCACUGGGCCUCAGAAGAUAUUGUUUCUUUCCAAGGGGAAAAAAGAAUUAGGAGCAGAAUAUGCAAAUCGAGCAAGUUUGCAAAACGACAAUUCGACGCUCAUCCUGAAAGACAUAGCCGUGGCUGAUGAGGGGACCUAUCGAUGUGACGUGGACCGGCAAGGGCAAACGCCAGUGCCCAAUAUCAAAACCAAGCUCAAAGUGUUCAGUCUUCGCCCUGAUACGCUUCCAGUGAUCUCACCUUGUACCUGGGCUGUCGAUUCUUCAUCCUGCAGCAUUCAUACCAACCAAUCCUUCACCCUUACCUGCACACUCCCCAACGUUUAUCCUGUUCAAGAAACCGAACUCAUUUGGUAUCGGGAUGGAAAACGUGUCUCAUAUACCGACGACGUUACGCAGAACGAUGACGGGACCACUGAUAUCAGUCGACAGAUUCAGGUGUUUGAAACAGGAAACUUUACCUGUAACGCCACAUAUUUUUCGGAAUUUGGAGGAGAGAACGAAGCCGUAUCAGUUGUAGCAUGGAUCAAACCACCCGCAGAUCCCUUCACAACAUCUGUACCAAACACACCGGGAAAGAAAAUGACGAGUGGUAAAAUCGCCGGGAUGAUAAUAGGUAUUGUGCUGUUUGUAGGCAUCUCCCUUGUGAUCAUCAUCUUUGUCAUUGUUAGAUCGAAAGCACAAGCAAUUGCCACCGAAUCAUGUCGUAUUAACGGUAUGAGAGCAUAA